CAAGUAAAUUUAGCCUACAAAUCCACAAAAAGGGAACCUCAAGGUUGUCCAUUUCCACUAAACUACGGUUCUGGCUAAAGCUUUUUAGACCACUUGCCGAAUCCAAUUCACCUCGCAUAAACAAGGCGAUAGGCAGGGAAAAAGGGAAAACCCCCACUGGCACCACUAGCUCCAAAAACCCUUCAAAAAAUCUCCUCUUUAUAAAUACACCCACGUACUUAUUUCUUAGUCGCUUUCUCUCCAAUGGCAACCGAGUCCUCUGUGAUUGCCUGGGGAUCGGGCGAGGAUGGCCAACUAGGGAUAGGGAACAACGAAGACAAUGAAUGGGUUUGCGUUGUCGAAGCUCUCGAGCCUUACAAAGUUCGCUCUGUUGUUGCUGGAAGUCGCAACUCUCUUGCCAUUUGUGAUGAUGGCAAGUUGUUUACUUGGGGUUGGAACCAAAGAGGGACAUUAGGGCAUCCACCGGAGACCAAGACUGAGAACAUUCCUAGCCAGGUCAAGGCUCUUGCUAAUGUCAACAUUGUUCAGGCGGCUAUUGGUGGCUGGCAUUGUUUGGCUGUUGAUGAUCAAGGACGUGCUUAUUCUUGGGGUGGGAAUGAAUAUGGCCAGUGUGGUGAAGAACCUGAGAGGAAAAAUGAAACUGGGAGGCCUUUGAGAAGGGACAUAGUCAUCCCCCAACGCUGUGCAUCAAAACUUGCAGUUCGCCAGGUAGCUGCUGGGGGUACUCACUCUGUGGUUCUCACACGUGAAGGGCAUGUAUGGAGCUGGGGUCAACCAUGGCCUCCUGGAGACAUAAAGCAGAUAUCUGUCCCUGUGCGGGUACAAGGUCUUGAAAGAGUGAGGCUCAUUGCUGUUGGGGCAUUUCAUAAUUUAGCUCUUCAAGAAGAUGGAACUUUAUGGGCGUGGGGUAAUAAUGAAUAUGGACAGCUCGGAACUGGUGAUACGCAGCCAAGAUCACAACCUAUUCUUGUCCAAGGACUUUCUGGUCUCAAUUUGGUUGAUAUUGCUGCUGGUGGAUGGCAUUCUACUGCAUUGACUGAUGAUGGGGAGGUGUAUGGUUGGGGAAGAGGUGAACACGGAAGAUUGGGAUUUGGAGAUAAUGACAAGAGCAGUAAAAUGGUCCCCCAAAAGGUUAAUCUUUUAGCUGGGGAGGACAUUAUUCAGGUAUCAUCAACAUAUGCUUUUGGGAACUCUCGGAAAUUCUUAUUUACGGUAUCUUGUGGCGGGACUCAUUCAGUUGCGUUGACACGUGAUGGGCAGAUGUUUUCCUUUGGUCGAGGUGACCAUGGACGACUUGGAUAUGGGAGAAAGGUGACUACAGGUCAACCAAUGGAAGUGCCAAUAGACAUCCCGCCACCUAAAAAUUUUCGUGACAAUGGAGACGAGGGACACUGGAUUGCUAAACUUGUUGGUUGCGGAGGUCGCCAUACUUUGGCGAUCGUGGAAUGGCAGAGACUUGAAUCUAAAUAGAUUUGACAUGUUGUCUAAAAGUCUGCUUUUGUAUUACGAGACAAUGCAAGACCAACUCAGAGAACAUGGACACUGGAUAAUUUUAUAAAUUACUGGAUGGUUAUUGAGAUGGUAUUCACUUUUCCAUUUUACUUACGGGAAGAGUUCAAUUUCCAUGUCAUGGGAUUUGGUUUUUGAUGAUGUUU